AGUCAGAACAGCGACUUGUCUUUGGUCAAUCAGCAGGCGCAAUCACUCAUACGCCAAGCGGACGCACGCAAUCGCCAAUUGAUAGAGCAGAGCAACGCAGGUCUUAAUCGCAGCUGGCAGGAACUUGUGCUUGGCCUGGAGCAACGACGCGACAAGCUGCAACAGUUGGCCGAGCAUUGGGAUAGCUUUGAGAAUAGCUUGCACGGCUGGGAGAAGGCACUUGGUCGCUUGGAGGAUAAAUUCCGCAAUGUCGAUCCAACUGUAAGAUCCCGACGUCAUUUGGAAGAUACAAAGAAUGCCAUACAGGAAUUGCGUGAAGAAUCAAAUGAACUUAAAUCAGCACAUAAAGAAAUCGAAGCGCUCUCAAAAUCCAUCCUCACAUUCCUUGGGGAAGUACACAAGCCCUCGGCGGAGGCCAUACAGGCCAAAGUGGAUAAGCUAGUUGAACAGCAAACAAAAUUGAACGACACACUACGCGAUAAGGAUCAACAGGUUAGCAAGGAUCUGGAGCAGAUCGAACAAGUGUUUAGCCGCAUCUCGCAGCUGCAGGACAAGCUAAACGCGCUGCACGAACAGCUACAGUCAAUACACGUCUACGACGAACACAUUGCACAAACCGAACAGUCGCUCAUCACACACAACAGUCAAGUGCAGCAAGCGUUGGAAGAAAGUCGCGCAUUAAUUUCGCAAACCUCGUCGCUCUACCAGGCCAAGCAGCAUCAGCUGCCCAGCGAUAUAGCGCAGGAGUUUACAGCACUUGAGCUGCUGGCGGAGCGUGUGCAGGUUACCAUGGAGACCAAAGAGAAGGAUUUCAAGCGCGCCAAGACUGUGCGCACCGAAUAUGUUGCCGGCGUGGAUGAAAUCCAGCGCUGGCUGCUCCAAGCCGAGGUGCAAGUGCAGCAGCGCACACUGGCGCCCACACAAAUGAAGGAGCUGCUGCAGCGCAUCAAUCAAGAAAUUGGCGCCAUCUACGAACGCUUUACGCUGGUCAAAACCAAUGGACAGCUGAUAAUCGAAAAUUGUCGCAACAGCGAGGAGAAGACGCUGGUGCAGACGACCAUCGAUCAGCUGGCGGCGCAGCUGGCGCAAGUGCGCGGCUGGUUGGAUGAGAAGAAGCAGGCGGUAGGCGAUAGCUUGGAUGCAUGGACGCGUUUCAUGAACCUCUAUCAGAUUGUGAUGAGCUGGGUGAGCGAUAAGCGCACAUUUAUAGAGCAAACAAUUGAGCUGCGCACGCUGAGCGAAGCGCGCAGCAAGCUCAACGAUUAUGCAGCCGCUGUGAAGAGUAUUAAGCCCAUUGUGAAGCACUUGAGCGAAAUGGAUAAGGAACUGGAGCAUAUAGCGCAGGUUACUACUGUAGGCGAUCUUAAGGACAAACUGCAGCAGGCGGAGGAUGCGAAGAUAGCCGUGGAAGCGGUGCUGCUGGAGAGGAACUCACUGCUGCAAGAAGCCUGCGAAGAAUGGGAUCAAUGCGAGCGCAAACUUAAGGAUAUACGCGCCUGGCAGGAGAAAACCAAGCAAACGCUUGACUCUGCGCCACAGCAAAAGAAGCCGCUGCGCGAUCAGCUGGGCUACUGUGAAAAAACGCUCGCCGACAUAAAUGUGCAAAAAACUAAAAUGCGACUGUCUAUUGAAAAAUUGGAGGUGCAUUUCCGCAAUGGCAUGGGCGGUGAUCCACGCCUAAGCGAAAAUGUUGAUGAUUUGCUGCGCAUGCUCGACGCGCUGAGCGAUGUGGUCAAAACCAAAUCGUGCAGUCUCGAGCAAACGCUCGCCCAAAUCGAUGUCUAUCAGCAGCAAAUGCAAACGCUGCGCCAGCGCAUUAUACAGGAGGAGCAACAGCUGCGACUGGUAAUGGCGCCCACCUACUUGCCACACGAUCGUGAGCGCGCAUUAGCCGAGCAACAGGCAAUGCGACAAUCAAUCGAUGGCAUGCAGCAAAUCUACGACGCAACCGCAGCCCAAUCCUAUGCACUGGAUCCACACUCAGUGGUUAGCACUUCAUCGACUGUCUCGUUGCUUAUGAAGCCAACGGCAGCAGCAGCUGUAGGUAUGACCUAUGCUGAAGUGUUAUCAGGACAUUCGAGUCCGGUAAGCGGUAUUGAGAACCCAAGACAAGAACCAGAACGAGAACGAGAACAAGAAACGACUAAGACAACAACAACAACAACAACGACAAGGCAACAACCACAAAGACAACAACAAAAUACAAUUACAACAACGACAACAACAACCAGAAAGACAACAACGUUACGCCAGCAUGAGCAAGAACCAACAACAAUGGUCUAUGAGCAACAUUACACCACCACCAGCAAUGGCCACAACAACAACAAUUCACCAAUAAGCGAAACAGUCGCGCAGCCAAUUGUUGAAACGCUUAGCACACCAACCAAUGCGAUUACUGAAUUUAUUGCAACUGAGCAACAACAUGCAACAGCUAUGGGUAAGAAAUUGCAGCCGACGCGUCCUGAGCGUCGCGCACGCUCACCACGUCGCCGCAGAGAGCCAAAGCAGCAGCAGCAACUUGACGCUUAUCAGCAGCAGCAGCAGCAGCAACAACUUGUACUGCCCGAAGAGCAGCGCUCGCGUUCGCGUAGCCCCAUGUGGGCGCCAGGUUCGACUUCAUACGCGGAAGUGCUGCGCGGUCUUGAGCUCGAGCGCUUAAAGGCUGAGCAGCUAGCUGGUCGCUCAGCGCAAACGCUUACGGAUAUUACCAUACAGGAUGUAGUAGAUGCCAGCACAGCGCACAGCUAUGCGGCUCAAGUCGAGCAGCCGGCGCCACAGCUUGAGCAGUUUAUGCACAAACCGCAUGUGGAGCUGCAGUAUAUGGAGCAAGCGCAAAUUAGCGAUAAACCGCCAGUUGGUAGCUAUGAAAUAGCUAUGACUGCUGAAGAAAUUGCUGCUACUUAUCUACAGCCUGAUCCGCAGCUAUAUCAAACUAUGUACGAAAAUGUUGCCGAUAGCGGCCAAUGGGCUUAUCUAGCCAACAGCGCAACGCAGCAGCAGCAACAACAACAGGCGCCGCAGCAGCAGCAACAGCAGGCAGUGCCACAAAAUUACUACGAACAAAUAAUGCAAAUGCAGUAUCCCAUACAAUAUCAAACUGUUGCGCCCACAACGCAGCAAUAUCAACUGCUAGCUGGUUACUAUCAGCCAGUGGCACCAGUUGCCGAAAACUACUCAACUGUAUAUACUACAGAGUCUACGCCUAUUUAUUAUGCGCAGCAAACUGAGUACAGUCAGGAUUAUCAACAGCAGCCACAAGCCGAGGUCUAUCAGCCGGAGCUCAUAGAGCAAAGCUAUUUGCUGGAGCCCUACAGCUCCGAAAUGAAUAUGAGCAGCACUUCAACUACAGGCAACAGCGUUUUGGAUAGAGUAGUAACAACGCUUGCUUCGAUGGUGCAACAAAGCGCGGAGCCGCUUAUGACAAGCAUACAACAAAUACAGCCAGCAACGGCAACAGAGGAGUUACUACAACCAGCCAAUCCAAUGUAUGUUGAAGAGCAUGUGCAAUUGAUUAGACCAGUGGAACCGCAAGAGUUUGAAAUGAAUGAACCACGUCCGGACAUUACCUUUGGUCAGUUUGAUGUCGAUGCCAUUGAGAGCAUACCCAAUGAGCAGCAACCCCCACAGGCACCAGUUACCAUUACAACAGUUGUACAGCAAACAAUUGUAACACCAGCAGAGACUGUUAACGCAGCAGCGCCUCAAACUGUUGUGCGCACAACUCAACGCCAGCAACAAGUUCAGCAACAGCAACAGCAACAAGCUUUUAGCCAAGAUACAAGUACUGGCAGCACAUAUGCCGAAGUUCUCUUUGGCCUGCAGCACAGAACUCAGCCAGUUUUCCAGCCAUCCAGUCAACAGCAAAUACCAGUACGUCUAGCCCAAACUAAAAAUGCUGAACUACAAACAACUAGCAAACAUUUUACUACAACUACCACAACAACAAGCACAAGUCAUAGCAAACGCGCUGAAAAGUCACCCACAUGGGAACGCAAAGAAGAUAAUUCAGCAAGACCCAAACGUCAGCGUCAUGAGCAGCAGCCCGAGCCAAUUCCUAUUAAGCUUAAGCCGCAUAAAGAGCGAAAACACAAGUCGCCGGAUACAGCUCAAACAUUUACAGAACGCGCAACGCUGAUUGCAAUCGAACCCACUGUACGUACCUCACCAACCGAGGAAGUAAGCAAGAAGCCUGAACCAAAGCCAAGGAAAUCCAAAACUGUCAAAGCGCCAGCUGAGCAAAUUGCUGUUGCCGAAGAAACAACAACAACAGCACAAAAAACUGUUGAUAACAGCAAAAAAGCUAAGAAGCAGCCCAUAAAGGAUAAGGAAACUACAAUUACUACCACUAAAGUAACUGAGGUUCCAGUUAUAGCCACAGUAGAGACCAAGCCUGACAAAAAGCAAAAGCCGAAAAAGGUUGUUGAAACUAAAGAAAUAAUUGUGCCAGCAACAGUUGAAGAUGUUAAGGUCGAAACAGUCACUGCUAAACCCAUUAGCCAAACUAAUGGCAAGUCUAAAACUAAGGAAAAGGUAACAACAAAAAUAACAGUUGCUGAAACAGCUAAAGCAGAGGUGCCAAUAAAGUUGGAGUCCAAACCACAACCAAUUGUUGUUGAAGUUUCAAUGCCUACUACUGAUGAAAUUCCAAUUGUAACAACAAUUGAAUCGGUAAUGCCAAGCGAUUCCGCAAUUACAACAUCGACCAAUACAAUUUCCACAGAAGGCGCUACCACUACAAUUACCACACGCACCAUUACCAAACAUAUAACCAAGCGCAUUAUAAAGCGCAUCGUUGAUGGAAAGGAGGAAAUUGUUGAGGAAGAUGUAAUCGAUGAUUUGCCUGAAGAGAAUAUAUUGGUUGAGCAAUUUGAUACACCAACAAUUGAAACCAGCAACAUAAGCACUGUUAUGGGUGAUAUAAAUAAGCAAGGACUUUCAUUGCAACAGGACACAACAGUAGUGCAAGGCGGUUCCAUCACCAAGACAACUAUAACCAAAACGAAACGCAUACUGAAACGUAUUACAGAUGAUGGUGAGGUGAUUGUCGAAGAGUAUUAUGAAGAUGAACCCGAAGUGGAAAGAGAUGUGCAAGUAUUGCCUACAACAAUUCUUACAACAAGCUUUACGCAGCGUGACACAGCAAUUGAAACUAAGGAAGCAAUAUUGAAUGCUGCUCAGCAUGUUGUUGCUGAGGUUGUAAGCCAAGCUGAAAAGAAAAUUGUGCCCGAGCCACAAAAACCGUCGCGUAAGGACAAAAAGAAUCCAAAACCUGUAGAGAAAGCAACGCCAAUUAAAACAACUACUGUCGAAGCUGUAACAAUACCACAAAAACCAACUCGCAAGGAUAAAAACAAAAAGCAAAAGAAGCUCGAAACGCCCAUUGUACAUACAGUUGCCGAAAUUGUCGAGCCGCUGCAAACAGCAACAGAAACCACAGAGCCCCUGAAUACAACAAGUGCAAUUAAAAAUAAUGUAACUAAAGAAGCUCCAGCUGGAGAUUCGCUCAUCAACGAUGAUGGCAGCCUAGUUAAGACAACUGUUAUACGUACAACCAAAAUUGUAAAGAAAAUCAAUCACGGCGAUGGUUCUGACAUGUCUACAUCAACAAAUUCAGACAUUCAAUCUUUGGAAUCAUAUGAUACGACGGAAACAGCGCCGCUGGAGUCCCCCAAGGUAGAGAAAUCUGAAAUGAAUAGUCGGGAAAUCAGUGAUGAGGGUGUUGUUAAAACAACAAAGACAACAACCAUACAUACAAUCAAAGCUGGAAAAGUGGAAACGGACAAAGAAGUAGUUACAAGCCCGCUGCAAAUAGAGGAAACUGCACCGCUAGCUGAACCGGAACAACCAGAGGAUAGCUCCGUAUUAAAGAAGACUAUUGUACGCACAACGAAAAUUGUCAAGAAAAUUGCCAAUGAAAGUGAAAAUGGCAGUGUAUCCAGCUACGAAAGCGAAAGCGUUCUACCUACUGUUGAAACCAUAAUUCAGCAUGCGCCAGUUGUAGCGGAAUCGGUUACUACAGAAUCAAACAGCGAGGGUAUUACGAAAACUACAACGACGCGUACGACAAAAGCAACUGUUGUAGAAACUGAGUCUGAAAUUGAAGCCGUAAAGUUACCGGAGACAGACAAAGAGAUUCUUAUGUUAGAAGUAACUCCACAGCAAAAUGUGCAAAGCAAUAUAAAGUCCACAAUAUUAGAUUUUAUAUCUGCUGAACAGCAUGCAACGCCAAUCGUAUCGGGAGAAACUACUCAAACUACGAUUUAUGAACCAUUGGCUGCUCCAGUUGAACAAACCUUAGCGGUUGCCGAUGUUGAAGAUGCUAAUCUCUGUGAUGAUAUUGUCAAAACAACAAUUGUGAGAACUACAAAAACAGUAAAGAAAAUCUCACAAAAUAAUGGUGAAGCUGAGAAUAUUGUCGUUGCUCCCAACACUGAUAUUCAAACAUUAGACGUCACUGAGGAACCCACAGCAGAAGAAGGUGGUGGUGUAACAAAAACAACAACAGUGCGUACAACCAAAAUAGUGAAAAAACUAAAUGAAGAAGGAGAAACCACAACGGAAGAGACCAGCACAAUCAGUGAUCCAAUCACUGUGCGCGAAGGAUCUCCAACAAUAUCGGAAAUACCAAGUGAAGCGUCAACAACUUCCAGCCAGGUUGAUGGCGCCAUUAUAAAGACAACUACAAUUCGCACAAUGCGAAUAACCAAACGCGUAACAAAUGACGGACGAAUCGUUCUUACUGAGAGUGAUGCACCAAGUGAUGUAGUUGUUACAUCUAGCAUUGAAAUGCCUGAUCAAAGAUCGACUAGUCCUUCUGUCAUAUCCCAAGCAAGUUCCAAGUCUGCAACAUCAGUUGCUAGUAUCGAACGUAAAUUUGAAAAUGUUGGUGCCAAUAUCGAAUUACAUCCGAAUGACAAGUCAGUCAAGUCUGGUAUUAAGAUUGUUGACAUUCAGACAACCGAAAUACCAACAGACAUUACCCAAUCAAUUAGUUCUUAUACAAAUGGGGCUGCAAGCACAACCGAACACGUUGACACUACUACCACAACUACCACUAAAAACACGAUAUUAACGACAACUCAACGACGUAGCUUCGAAACCGAAGAUGGCACAAAUGUUCUUUUCAUAGGAGAAGGCAUUGACAGUGCUUACCCACCAGGCACAAUCCAAAAAAUAUCUUUAAUUACUCACGAAGAAAAGCUAAAGACUCCUAUUGUGAAAAUGCAUCUAGAUUUUCCGGAGGUUAGUCUUCGUGUGACAGAAACUGUGACAGAAAAUGUUGAGUCCUUGCAGAGAAGUGCCGAAACGAAUGAUUCUUCCAUUAUUGAGGUUACCAAGCUAACUUCGUCAAAUAUCAAAGAACCAGCGACUGAGUCCCCUGUAGGUAGCACAGAUAUUUCUCUUAAAGUUGUAGAACAAGUUGACACCACAAGCGUUGAGGAAAUUAGUGAAAUCGUUAGUCAAGAAGAUAAAGAAUUAUUUGAAAACAUUCAGAAGAACUUGUCAAAGAAAGAUAAAAAGAAACGACCUGCUAUUCCUGAAGAAUUCAUUAAGCAAGAAACAAUGCAAAUCGAAAAGGAGAGAAAUACAGGUAAUCAAAGUAAUAUUGCUGUAUCUAUAGUUGAAAAGCUACCUCUAAUUAAUGUCCCUAUGCCUAUUGUUAACGUAGAUCAAUUAGUUCUUAAUCUCUCUAAAGAUGUGUCAUUGAUUGCAAUGGGAAGUUUUAUUGAGCAAGCUAAGGCUGAUAAAUUUUAUCAUGAGAAACUAGAAGCUUCAGUUUCUAAAACUCUAGAAGAGACGCAAGUAGAUACUCCAUGUGAAGUACAGUUACGCAAAACUCCUACUAAUAAUGCUAAUAAUAUUGUUCCUGCAAAACCAAGCGAAUUAAUUGCUGAAGCAUUUGUGGCUAACACGGAGCUAAUAACGCAAGAGCUUGACGAACUGCUACAGUCGCUCUCAAGCGUCGAGGAUGGCAUCGGAAAUAUGAAUCACAGCAGCUUGGAUGGCAUGCUGCAAGGACUAAAGCUAAUCCAAAGCAAUCUGGAAGUGCACGAGCAGGACGCAGCGCAGCUGAAGCAGCAGGCAAAGGCAUUGCCCACAGAUCCAGCCACAGAGCGUUUGCUAAACGAAACAGCCGAUCGCAUUGAUUUGCUGCUGAGACGCACUCAACAAGGCAUCACCAUGAUAGCUAAUGCUAUGCAUGGUCAGAAGAAACGCGAGCAGGAGAUUGAUGAGUAUCAGCAGCAUUUGCUGGAGCUGGAGCGCUGGAUUAAUGAUGUAUCCGCUGAGCUGGCCUACUUUGAGCCCAACUCGCAGAGCAGCAAUGAUGAGCAGCUGCUCAAGAGUCAGGUGGAGCGCAGUCAGCAACUGCUGCGCACGCUUAAGGAACGCCAGCAGUCCAUGGAUGAUUUGGUAGAGCAAACCAGACAGCUGCAGUCCCAGCCCGAUGUUGCGCCCUUGGCCAAUACGCUGAUGGAGCAGCUGCAAAGCAUUUUGAUUAUAUUGCGCGAGCAGAUUACAGUGGCUACCACACGCAUAUUUACCAUAGAGAAACGCAUUGUGGAGCUGCGCAAAGCAAAGUCAGAGGAGGCGCAGCGCCAGCGCGUGCUGCGUGAUUCGCAGAUACAACCAGUGGUGGUAACUGUGAGCGUUGCACCCGAAUCCAUUGAGUCCAAUGAGAACACCAUAGACUCAAGCUCUAUGCCUGAGGAGGAAAUCAAGCCCAGCGGCGUUUAUGUAGAAACCCAAACCUCGUUUAGUUUGCCAGCGGCGCCAAAGCCCAGCAGUCAUCAUGUGGAGGCGCAAACAAGUUUCCAGGAGCCCGCAGUGCAAACCGCUGAGGUAGCGCUGCAAACUGUAAAGGAACGCACGCCCACGGAGAACAUAAUGGUAACACAAACGCUGCAGCAUGGUCAGGAGACCAUACAGAUUGAUACAACGCUGAACAAGGACAUACCCGAACAGCCGCAGGAUGUAGAAAUCGAAGCGCGUUAUCAUCAACAACCCAAGGGCGAUGUAGAUCGCGCUACAGAGCUCAUACUCAAGAAUGUGCCGCAGGCAUUUGAAACCACCUUUGUGGAGCCAAAUGAGAAUACCACUGAAGUGGUUGUUGGACCCGAUGGCACCAAGCAUAUUGUGCUUACCAAAGUAACGCGCACGCGUCAGCAAAUUGUGCAGCAGCAGCAGAUUAGCUCCAUUGAAACUGUAACCGAUGCGGAUGGCAACACCGAUGUGCAGUCCACGGGACAAAUCAAUCUGGAGCAAGAGCAUACCAGCGAAACUGUAGCCGAUCCAGCGCAGAGCAGUCAACGCACCGUGGUGACGCAGCAAACACGCGGCACAUUGCUGGAUGGCUCACAGCCUGAGCAUGUUGUUGUCAGCGAGUUUGAAACGCAGCCCGUGGUGGAGCAAUACGAGCAGCUGCUUAGCCCCGAUGCGAUGCCAUUCCGCGCAGCAGCUGGUGAAUCCGGGUUGCAGCUGGAAUCCCAAGGCAGCAUUAGAGCUGUGGUGCAGCAAGUGACGCGCAAGAUUAUACGCAAGUCGCGUAAGAUUAUCAAGCGUGUGGUCAUUAUCGAUGGCAAGGAGCAUGUCACAGAGGAGGUUAUCGAAGAACCCGAGGAGGUUGAGCUUACCGAGGAGGAAACAAUGCCGCAUAUGAACAUCAAUAUUGUGCGCACCGUCAAUGGUCAGGUGGUAAGUGAGGAAGAGUUCCAGCGUCUAAUGCAGCAGCCUGGCGUCAGCAUUGAGGAGCUGCCCACAGAAUUGUCGCAGCCAUCAAGCCAAACGACGCCCAAGGUAUUUGAUAUUGAUUCAAUCAACAUCGGCACCACCACAAUUACACCAACAGAACAACAACAACAACAACAUGAAGAACAACAACAAACUACACCAACAACAGUAACUACAACAACAGUAACAACAAUUGCAACAGCAGCACCAACUGUAGAAUUGCCUGCACCACAAGUAGACAUUGAAGAAUCUGUAGAUGUUGCUACUAGCGCUCCCGUUACUCAUGUUACAGCAACAACAACAACAACAGUAAAGCAAACCACAACAACAACAACAGCAGUAACUACACCAACUGCUGUUGUAGAAACUGUUGUUGAAGAUAUCAAUGAAAUUUGGCCCUUGGAACAUCAUCUGAAGUCCACAGACAUUGAUUUCUCGCAACAUCAAGAGCAACCAGCGCCACAAGUGCUACCUGCAAAUGAAACCUCCAUGCCCAUUGAAACUAUUUGGCCCACCAGCCCCGAAACUGGCAACUCGGUAUCACUUGAAGUCUACGAAUUCGAACCAACUUCACCAAGAACAACAACAGAUGCUGAAAGUCUUAAGACUGAACCGGAAGACGAAGCUGCAGCUAAGCCUGAGAGUGCUCAAGCUACAAGCGUAGAAGUAAUUGCCAUAACCAAACCCAAAACCAAGACUGAUGAUGUAGCUGCCUUCCUAGAAGCGGAGCAGGCACAGCUACAACCACAACCACAAGCAGUGCAGCAGAUUCAGGAGAUUCAGACUGCCGAAGAAACAGCAGCGCCUCAAAUCGAUUUGCGCAUGGCCACACAUCUUUUCAUCUCUGGCGAGGCAGCCUCGGCGGAGUCACCACGCAAGAGCUAUCAGAUUACAGCGCCCUCUAUGGAGAGCGCUGGCGCUGGUGUGCUAAAGGUGGCGCUGCCAGCUGUUGAGAAUGCUGAGCAGCAGCCACAGCUGGCGCAGGUCAAGAUGAGCAUUAUUGAGACUGUAGCGCGUGACGAUGAGGCCGGCAGCAAGCGAAGUCGAAAGAAAAAGAAGAGAAGAGAUGAAAAGCCAGCAGAAGAGCCAGCAGAAGAAAAGACUGAACCCGAGCCAGUGCCCAUUGCUGCAUCCGAUAUCGAAGCAGCAGAGACGGCGCAUGAAACUGGCUACGAAGCUGAGGACAAAACGCUAGCCGAGGAUGAUGACUCCAAUGACUCCAAGAAGAAGCGUCGCAAGAAGAAGAAGCAAAAGGAAAAGGCACAAGAAGAAGAGUCACAAGCUCCGCUAUCAACAGACAAUUCAGCACGCGAGGAUACGUUAAGCAUUGAAUCGGAGGGCAAGCUGCGGCAUGAGUCGAUUGUGGAAAUUAGCCCAGAGAGUGAUCUCUCCAGCAUGGACAUAGACACAAGCGUCAAAGUGCUAGAGGAUGCUGUUAUAAGCCCCGCAAGCGAAUCACCACGCACGCCCAUGAUGGAGCUGGUUAUACCCACUGAAGUGGUGGAGCUAGCGCUAGUUGAAGACGAAGAGCAGCAGACUACGCCACGAGAGCCAACGCCCACUAAGCAGUUCGAGCUGCAGCUGGACAUGAAGUCAGUGCAAACCUCGCCACAGCAUCAGCCACAGCUGGAUGAGACAGCAAUGCAAACAAGUUUGGAGCAGCAGGAGAAUGAAUCGCAAACGGUGCUAGUGGAAAUAGCUGAAACGGAAGCGCAGACUACACCCAGAGCAGCGGACGAAGUGCAGCCCAAGAUUGUGGACAUGUCUACAACUGAAAUGCAAACCGAACAGGCACCACAAACUGUGGAAUUCGCUAGUCAAACUGUCAUCACCACCACUUUGGAAAAGGAGCUGCAAACUACGCCCAAGGAAUCACCGCGUGAGCCUGAACCAGGCAGCUUUGAUGUAGUGCCUGAGCUAGUGCAGGAUUUGGUUAAGGAAAUGACCAGCGAUUUGCCUGUGCACACAACGGAGCAGUCAACGACCACAGAAGUGAUACACACAACUGAAACUCAAAUGCAAACAACUACGCCGGAGCCACAGGCUGCAGUAAGCGAAGCUGUGCAGACUACGCCACGCGAGGAGCAGCCACAGUCACUGGAGGACAGCUCGCUGACAGCUACAAGCAUAUCGGAGCCAUUCGAGCUGGAGGUGCAUACCACAGUGACCAUACCCGCUGACUCGGAUGCAUCUGUAGCGGAGCCCACUCUAUACGAGUAUACGCAGACAAUGGCGCUGCCCAAGCCAGAGAGGAAGAAGCAGAAGAAGAAGCAGCAAAAGCAGCAGCAACCAGAGGCGCCCCCGCAGUUGGAUCAGCAAAUAAGCGUAACAGUUGAAAUUGCACCCGAGCUGCUGGGCGAAUCGGGCAUAGUGAUCAACACCAAUCAGCAGCAGAUGGAGGAAGUGCCACAUGUGCCUCCCACAGUGGAGCAGCCCUCUGAGCCACCAACCACACCACAGCGCGUGCAAUUGCAAAUAACCCGAACCACCGUAUACGAUGAAUAUCCGGAGCUGCCAGUGCACAUAACAGAGAAAAACAAAGUGAGCAUUGCAUCGCAGCAUUCGAAGCCACGCAGCGGAGCAGCAGCGGUUACCAUAGAAGAGGUAGCCUCGCCCACCGAAGAGCUUGUAGUGCCUAUAACACCUGGACCGGAUAACAAGCCUGCAGAGAAUCCUUGGCUAGCAGCAAGCAGCAGCAGCAGCAAGAAGCAGCUGCUGGACUCACAAGCGUUUAUCAAUGCGGAAAGUCAGCGGCAGGCGCCAGAGCUUAGCUGGCUGGAUACAAAGCAAGCUAUAGACACACGCAUACGUCAGCUGCAGCAGCAGCAGCAGCAAGCGGCACCGCAGCAACCAGCCACGUCGCUUAGCAAUGUUUUGCAUUUAGCGACGCUAAGCGAGCAAAUCAAACAGCUGCCCACAGAGCAGCGACAACGCGAAGUGCAGGAAAGUCUGCAGCAGCUGCAGUCGGCGCUGCGCAGCGGCAACAACACAGUUAUACAAACAACAGUUAUAACUGUUAUAGAGCGUGUGUCCACCUGGCUGGAAACCAUUGAGUAUCGCGUUUAUUUGAUCAGACAAAACUCCAAUGAGGGACCCUCGGCUGAAAAGCUUGACAGCUAUCAGCAGCUGAAUGAGGAACUGCAGCACAUACAGCAUCAAGUGCAGCAGCUGGAAACACAGCUGGAUCAGUCCACAGCAGCGCCAGAGCUAUCACAAUGCGUGGAUACGCUGCGUGAGCAUGUGCAGGCUGUGGAGCAAGUGACGCAGCAGCAACAGGCGCAGGAUAGUCAGCAGCUGGACAAAUGGCACAACUUUGAGCUGCUGUAUCAACAAGUGUUUGUGACGCUGGAGCAGCUGCAUUUGCGCUAUGCCGAGUCUAUUAGCCAGGAGCAGCCGCUGUCUGUGAAAUUCAAGCUGCUCGCUGAGCUGGAGCAGGCGCAUGAAGUCGCGCAGCUGCAGCUUGCAGAGCUGCUGCAACGCGCGCGUCUUUGGCAGCGCGACUUUCCAGGCAAGCGCAUACCACAAGAUGUGCUGGACGCCACUGAGAGCAGCAAGCAGUUGGGCAACAAGCUAAGCGGCGAACGCGAUCGCUUGCUGCAGCUGCAAUCGCUCGCUGAGGAAUACGAGCAGACGCUCAAGGAUUUCACCAACAUCACUGUGCUGGCGGACAAAAUGAUGGAAAGCCCCAUUGUUAGCAGCUCGCUGGAGCAGCUGAACAACGAAGUGCAGAAGCAGCGACGCUUCUUUGUCAAUCUGAGUCACUGUCGCGCAAUGUUGGAAUCGCUUGAGGAGAACAUUGACAGCGAAACGCGUGAGCAGCAUUCGGUGCUGCAUCGUCAGCUCUAUGAGCGCGCCACGCAGCUGCUGGAACGCGCUUCCGAGCGCUCCUCCAAGCUAGUGCAGGCAGCCUCACGCUGGACUGUGCUGGAGAAGGGCAUGCGCGAUGAGCUGCAGUGGCUGCAAGUCGCGCAGCAGCGUGUGCCCAAUCUCUCAGCGGUAACCUCCGCGGACUAUGAGCAAUAUGCUACGCUCUAUCAAUCGCUAAGCAACGAUAUUUCCCAUCACUAUGUCAAGAUGACGCAGCUUUCUGGCAUUGCCAACAAGCUGCAGCUGCUAGUGCAAGCGCCUAAUCUUGUAGAGGAAACCAAUGAAGCGCUCAUAGUGCUGCUCAAGCUACGCGAGGAAGUUGCGCUCUAUUUGCAUAGCCUGCUGGUCUUCAAGGACAUUUGGCUGCAGUACGAGCAGCAAACGGACAAAAUGGAAGCCUUUGUGCGUGAAGCGGAGCAAGAGCUGCGCCAGAUGCAAGUGUCGCCGGCACAGGCAGCUCAACAGCCCAUACCGCAUAUGCGUCAGUUCUGGGAGAUCAAAGCGCGCUUCGAGCUGCACAACAACAUACGCCAUGAGGCGGGCGUUAGCCUGGAGAAGUCACUGCAGGUUAUACCGCUGGCAGAUGAGCUGCUGCAGCGUCAGUUCCAGGCGCAGCUAGAGGAUCGCUGGCAGUCUGUAGCACAAGCCAUUGAGCGCAUACAGCACAGCAUUGUUGCCUGUCUCUCCUCGGAGGACAUGGCGCCCAUGGAAAAACUCAAGCUGCUGGAGCGUGAGUUGCAGGAAAUCUAUCUCACCAUGACCAGCAUGAAGGGCGUCAUCAAGAAUGAGGAGGAACUUUGUCUCUACAUUGAACGCGUUCAAGUGCUGCGCACUCGCGUUGGCUUCAUUGGCAACGAACUGGGACGCAUUGGUCUGCAAGAGCCUGCCAUUGAGCCCGAGAAAGUGGGUGAACUCUUCGCGCUGUCGCACAAGAUCACCACACAGAUUGCCGAGGAGCUGGAGUUUGCCUCUGUGCUGCGCGAUCAACUGCAGGCCAUACACGAAGGCAUCAGCAAUCAGCGCAAGCAUCAAGCCAAAAUAUCAGUUACUCUGGAUGAAUGUGAAGCAGCCGAACGCCAAGGCGCCGAUGUCAUUGAAAAAGCUGUAAGCGACUGCCAAAGCGCUGGCGAGGAUCUCGUUGCCAGCUGGCAGGAGAUUAUGCGUCUGCGCCAAAUGCUGCACACACUGCCCAUGCGCCUGAAGAUGUCCGUCUCACCAGUGAAGCUAGAACGCGACAUUUCGCAGCUGCAGGACGAUCAUGCCUUCCUCGAGAGCAAGUGCACCAACAUUAUGGCCAUUCUACGCAAUCGUUUGGCACUCUGGCUGCGCUACGAGCGCCAGCUGGAGCUGGUGCAUGGCUCUGUUCAAGAGACUGACUUUAUGAUGGAACUCAUACGCGUGCAUGGACAAGUGGACUACGAACGCCUGCGCAAGGCCACCGAAAGAUUAGAGGGCUUGUCGGGCGAUCUGCAGAGCCGCGAACAAUUGCUGGAUGAGCUAAAGGGCGCUGCCAAGCCGUUGAUUGAAAGCUGCGACGUGCAAAUCGUUGAACAAAUCGAAUCCGCCGUACAGGAUGCUGUAGUCGCAUGGAAUGAUACGACGGAGAAUUUGCAGCAGCUUUGCACACGCUAUCAGCGCGCCGUGGAGCUUUGGGACAAAUAUCGCAACGCGUCGGCGGCAGUCAAGAGCUGCAUUGAACAGCAAAUGGAGAGCGUGCAAUCGCUGGAGCAGCCGCUGGAUGCACUGCAGCAGGCAAAGGUUUGCCAGGACAACUUGAGCACACAGAAUGAGCGACUCUUGGAGCUGCGCGAUAUUGUUGCCAAAAUAGCAGCGGAUGUGGGUCUGGAUGCCUCAUCGCUUAUGCAAGGCGAGCUGGAUGCAUUGGGUCAGCGCUUAACCGAAUGCAAGGAGGCCAUAACCACAUUGGCCAAUGUAGCCGAAACGCAGGACAAGGAGCGCAAGGAGCUCGACAAGGAGGUGACCCAGGCCAGGGCCUACUUCAACAAUGUGCAGCAGGACAUUGCGCGUGCGGAGCCACGCAGCGCUACGGAAAGCGAGCAGCAGCUGGCUGCGUUGCGUGCACAUCUGCAGACGCUGGCGCGCACCGAGGAGCAGCUGCGUCAGCUGCGUGAGCGACAGCAAAGUGGCAGCAAUGAGCUGCCCGCUUUAGCCGCCGAUGACGGCAUUUUGGAAGUGCUGGCGCUUUGGCAAAAGAUAUUCCAGGACACAUUCCAGGAGUAUCAUCGCCUGAGCACGCGCCUGGCGCGCACACAAAACAGCAGCGAGGCGCUGCGUCUAUGGCGUCAGUAUCUACAACAUGUGCAAUCCUUCCUAGCCUGUGCCAUACCCGAGGACUACAGCAGUCUGCGUGAGCAGCAGCAGCUGUGCGCUAUACAUCAAAAUCUGUUGAUAUCACAGCAGAAUGUGCUGGCGGAAACGCCGCUGGAGUCGGAGCUGUCGGAGCAAUACAAAGCGCUAACCAAUUUGCAUAAUGAAACGCUUUCGAGGAUAAUGCAGCGCAAUCAGGAGCUGGAAACGCGUGUUAGUAGCUGGCAUAGCUAUCGCCAGCAGCUGGCAGCGCUUCUCGACUGGCUGCGUCAGCGUGAAGCGGAGCGCAAUGCGCUGCAGCUGCGCUACAUAAAUCUGAAGCGUGUGCCGCAUCUAAAGGCGCGUCUCGAGGCGCUGCUGCUGCAACUGUCACGUGGCGAGCAGCAAAGCGCAGCGUUGAAGGCGCAACAGCAGCAGCUGCUCAGCUACUGCGAUGAUGCUUUAGCCACAGCCAUGCGCAUGGAGCAGGCGAGCAUCAAUCAGCGCAUUAGCAAUUUGCGCGCUGCGCUUGAAACUUGGCAAAACUUCCUCAAGCGCAUAACGCAGCUCAACGAGUCGUAUGAGCAACGCGUGCAGCAGCUGCAGCUGGCAUUUGGUCAGUGCCAACAGCUGAUCGACAGCAGCUCACCUGAUGCGCUGCCCAGUCAGCCAGCAGCUAUUGAAGCGCGUCUCGCUGAGCUGCGUGCGCAACGCUUGCAGCUGAGCGCGCUGUCGCCCACGCUGGAGAGUCUCACAGUUAGCCAGGAGGAGCUCAAGGAGUGCAUCAGUCCGCAUGACAUGAAGUCCAUAAGGCAACGCAGCUUUUUGCUUUGGCAGCAGCAUGCGGAUUUGGAUUAUCAGCUCUCCAUACUCAUCAAUGCCAUUGAGGAGCGUUUGUCGCUGCUGUCCAACUAUGAGUCACGCUAUGCGCGCAUCUCACACUGGCUUAGCAGUCUGGAGGCGCGUCUGGAGCGCGAUGGCGAUGCUGCUGCUAUGGCUAAUCCCGAACAGGCUGCCAAGCAGCUGGAGCAGCAAAUCAAUGGCGAACUGCAGCUGCGCGACAAGGAGCGCGAAUGGCUGCUAUCCACUGCCAGAGAGCUGCUUACGCUCUAUGCCGACUCCACGCCACAAGCGCUGCAAGUCUCAGCGCAAGUGCAGCAGCAAUCGGAUCUGCUUAUUGAUCGCUGGAAUCGCUUGAAGUUCCUUUGCAAGCAGCGCGCCAACAAAAUUGGCGAACUCAAGCAAACGCUGCUGCGUCUGGAGGAGCGCAUUGCUCUUAUACGCACUUGGCUCUUCGAGGUGGAAUCCCAACUGGACAAGCCGCUGAACUUUGAAAGCUACACACCCAAUGUCAUUGAGGCCAAACUGCGUGAGCACGAGCAAAUCCAGCGCUCCAUCGAGCAUCACAGCAGCAACGUAGGCGAAGUGCUGAAUCUAGUGGAAAUGCUGCUCAAUGAUGCGGAUAGCUGGCGCACCCAGGUGAACACCAGCGGACUUGCUUCAUCUGCACAGAAUUUGGAGCAACGCUGGAAGAAUGUUUGCAGUCAAUCUGCUGAGCGCAAGCAGCGCAUACUGACCAUUUGGAAUAUGCUGCAGGAGCUUAUCAAACUCACCACCGAGCACAAGAACUGGCUGAGCAAGCAGGAAACGCAGCUGUCAGGCUGGGAGCGCGAUCAGAAGUACACCAACAAGCAAAAGCUGGAGGAGCGUCGCCAAGCACUGCGCGCCAAGCUGGAAGAGCUCGAGCUGGAGUCGGUUAAUCUGCGCCAGCUGGAGCACGCCUAUGCUAAGCUUACCAUGUGCGCCGGCAUUGAGCCGGAGAACAUACAAAAGCUAACGCUGCCCACCAAGAUUAUGCUGGGCAAGUGGCGCCAGUUGCUGCCACGUUGCCAUGCGCUGCUCGAGUCCAUUGAUGAGGAUGCCAAGCUGCUGCGUGAGCUCAAAGCCAAUCAGCUGGAGCUUAGCAACUCGCUGGCUGCAGUGCAAGAAGCGCUGGAGCAGGUGCCCAAUGUGGAGGAUCUGCAAGCAGCCAACAUGGAACCCAAAGCGGUGCUCGAGCGUCUUGGCAGCAUCGAACGCAAACUGCAGCUGACGGAGCAGCAAGUGCAAAAAGCGGAUGCGCUCAGCAAACAGGUGGGUCAGCAACCACAGCAACCGCAGCUCAAGGAGCUGCUGCGUCUGAUACUGGAGUACACCACCACCUGGCAGACAGUGCAGACGCGUCUGCUUACGCUCAAGACCACGUGGCUGGCCCGUGCCGCUGCCAAGGGCGGCGUCAAUGAAGCCCAUGCCAGCGUGCAGGUCAACACGCUGUCCAGUCGCAAACUGCGCUCCUCCAGCCAAGCUCAGCCGCAUCUGCAACGCGAAACGUCCAUCACUGCUCGCGAUGCGUACAUGAUGGAGCUGGAAACGGCCAUUGCCGAGUGCCAGCGCAGUCUGGACGAACUGCAGCGCACCAUUGCGGACAAGACACGCAAGCCGGGCCCACAAAAGAUUGCCAAACUGCUGAGCAAUGCGCAAUCCUCCACCGAGCUGGUGAAGCAUCUCAGUCAUCUGCUCGUCAGCGAGUGCCAGGCGGACAACAAGGCUGCCCAAGUGGACAACGUGUCAGAGCUGACGCUGCGCUUCGAUACGCUGCAGUCGCAGUGGAAGGCGCGUCAACAGCACGAUCAGAAUGCAAGAGCUUCUCUACCUGCCGCCUACAAAUAUAACUGUACACACGAGGUCGGCCGUCUAACAUGUCCUCUCUGCACGCAACGCAAUUGGCAGCAGAUCGACAACGAUCUGUGGCGUCUGGAGCAGUGGCUGCUAUUUGCUGAGAGCUCACAAAAGUCGCAGACAGUGCCGCCCACCAAUAUCGAACUGCUGGAGGAUGUCACACAGGAUCUGCGUGAGUUCCUGCUGGAUCUGGAAAGUCACAAGUCGAUUAUCUCAUCGCUGAAUGUUGUGGGCGAUCAUCUGGCCACGCACACUUCGGAUACGGAGAAGGCGCGUCAGCUGCGCUCGCGUCUCAGUGCCGACAACGAGCGCUGGAACACUGUCUGCAUUAAUGCCACCAAGUGGCAGGGAUUGCUGCAGACGGCGCUCAUGGGCAACACUGAGUUCCAUCAGAUAAUCGAUGAGCUUGUCGAGUGGCUGCAGCGCACGGAGCGCAACAUCAAGGCCUCCGAGCCUGUAGAUCUCACCGAGGAGCGUGCAGUGCUGGAGGCAAAGUUCAGCAAGUUCAAGGAUUUGCGCGCCGAGCUGGAACGCUGCGAACCGCGUGUUGUCAGUCUGCAGGAUGCAGCUGAUCAGCUGCUGCGUAGCGUUGAGGGCUCCCAGGAGCAGUCGCAACACACCUAUGAAAGAACACUUUCCAGAUUAACGGAUCUGCGUCUACGUCUGCAGUCCCUGCGUCGUCUCUCCGGCAUCUACAUUGUCAAGCUUGGAGCAGUGCUCGGCUAUGAGGGCGAUCAUCUGGGUGUGCCAUUGCAUAUGCUGUCCAGUGAGCUUUUGGAUAAUACUACAUUAUCAUCCUCUUCUAUGCAGGCCGCCGCACCCAACACAGAAAAUGCAAACGGCAACGCUGGCGAUGCUGCCGAUGGCGAUGUCAUCAACACCACAGUUCUGGCUCGCGGUGCGCGAUUCCUAGGCCGCGUUGCACGUGCCUCGCUGCCCAUACAGGCGCUCAUGUUGCUGCUUUUAGGUGUGGCAACGCUGGUGCCCCACGGUGAGGACUACACCUGCAUGUUCUCCAACACGUUUGCGCGCAGUCUGGAGCCAAUGUUGUCGUAUCCACACGGACCGCCGCCCACGUAACCAACUGUGCGCUCAGCCCUUGGAUUAGUGCAAUAAAUUUACAGUCAAGCCAACCCCAAAAACAAAACAAAACA